CUUCUCUUCAAUACCCUCCAAUCUUGGUGAUCAAUUUACACAAAUUCAAUUGAUACCACGUAGUUGACUUGCUACCUAGUAAAAGCCGCCAUCCUCUUAUACGCGCGCCUUUUCCUAAUUUUUACUAUUGAUUUUAACACUCGUUUUCUCUUAUCUGAACCAAUAAGUUUUCUUCGCGAGGGCAUAUAAUAACAGUACUCUAUCCCACUGCUUCGGCGCAAUAACAAUAGCCCGCCAUGGCAUCCAAAGCCAUGUGGGAAGUCGACCCGGAGACUAGAUCAAAGCUCCUGGCCAUACAAAAAACAAACAACAACAAUGUCUGCUGCGACUGCAACGCACCGAAUCCACAAUGGGCGUCCCCCAAAUUCGGCGUCUUCAUCUGCCUUUCCUGCGCCGGUGUCCACCGAGGGCUCGGCGUUCAUAUCUCCUUCGUCCGCUCCGUCACUAUGGACGCCUUCAAACAGGCUGAGAUUGAACGCAUGCGACUCGGUGGCAACCAAGGGUGGAGGGCGUUCUUCGAGGGACACGAGGAUACCAAGAUGCGCGGUUUGAGCUGGGACGAUGCUACGAUUGCCGAGAGAUAUAGUGGUGAAGUGGGUGAGGAGUGGAAAGAGAGACUUAGCGCUAAGGUCGAGGGAAAGGAAUACGUACCUGGAGAGCGAAAGAGUACACCACAGCCCGCUGCGAACGUCGCGAAACCGCCCCCGAAACAGGUUAGUCGAACUGGAACGCCGCUGCAGGGCGUGCCGACGAGCGGGAGUCGCACGGCCAGUCCCAAUCGCCCGGGCGUCAAAGCUAAGGUCGACGACGAGUAUUUCGCGCGGUUGGGAAAAGAAAAUGCGGCGAGGUCGGCGGAUUUGCCGCCUAGUCAGGGAGGAAAAUAUGCUGGGUUUGGGAAUACGCCGGGCCCGGCGAAGAGCGGUGGUGGAGGUGCAUUGCCGGACUUUACGGAUGUGCAGAAGGAUCCUAUGGCUGCGCUGACGAAGGGCUUUGGAUGGUUCACGACGACGGUGGGGAAGACGGCGAAGGGGUUUAAUGAUGAUUUUAUUCAGCCUACGGCUAAGCAGAUCUCAGAGUCGGACUUCGCGGCACAGGCGAGAUUGGCGGCGGGGAAUGUGGGUAAAGCUGCACAGGCGGGUGCUAUGACGGCACAGGAUCGAUUUACCAAAUUCGUUGAGGGAUCCGAUGAGCGGAGACAAGCACCGCUGGACGAGAGCAAGAAAGCCUUCUGGGACGACUUCGCAUCCGUAGCAGAUCAGAGACACGGUACUGGCCCGAAGUACAGUUCAAUCGGGACGUCGGCGAUGGGUAAGGGCCCAAACAAGAAUGCUUCUGCAGCAGCUAAGAAAGACGAUGAGUGGGAUGACUGGUAAGAGAUGAGCGAGCGAAGGGGUCUUGGGUCGGGGAGUUUAGGUCGCAUGUGUAUCAGAUGUGCCAUUAUUAUGCCUCUAGAGGUCAGUCACGAUGCCAUGCUGUACAACUACCUAGGGGAACCUAGAUGGAGUUCUGGGUAGCGCAUAUUAUACAUAUUUAUAUUUAUUCGGGUCAAUAAAAAGAAUUUAUCUAAAU